CAGAGCAAGACUCCAUCUCAAAAAAAAAAAAAAAAUUAAAGAUUAUAAUAUAAGAAAAUUGAAGGAAAAAUUGGACUUUUGUGUUAUGUCUUCCCUUACUUUGUUCUGUCUGUAUAUUCCUAUAUUGAUUCAGUAGUAGCAAUGCAUAAUUUUCCCACAAACUUCCUUACAUGUAGAGAAAGUGUUGAUAAAAUAUUCUUGCAAUAAAGUGCUCUUUGCAAAUAUGUACUUCAUUUUCACUGUUUAUUCAAUUUUCUUAAUACCAUAUAAGUUCUUGUAGGAGAGCUUCAGAUUCUCCAUACAAAAUGUUUCAUCCAAAACUAUGCUGGAUAGAGUAAAACCCUUGCUGAGCUUCUUAGAAAAAUAAAUAAAUAAAUGCUUUAUAUGUCAAAUAUAGGCUAUAUUAAAUCAUAACAAAGCCUUUUGCCUCAUUGCACUCCCGAAAGCAAGAUGGGUCACCAGCAGCCUUACUGGAGCCACCCACAGAAGUUGGGCCAGGGUUCUCGCUCUUGUCACAUCUGCCCAAACCAGCAAAGUCUAAUCCGGAAACACAGCCUCAAUAUGUGCCGUCAGUGUUUCCGUCAGUACGCGAAGGACAUAGGUUUCACUGAGUUGGACUAAGUGAUCUUCCUUGAAUGGAUUAUCCAGGGCAUCCACCCAAUGAAAGAAACCAUGUUAGUUCUUUGUACAUAAAAUAAACAUUUUCAAAAAACAAAAUAAGUCAUACCGAAAAUACCACCUUAGUAUAUUAUUAGCAUAACAGGAAGAACCUGAAAUUUAUGUAUGUCACGUGUACUUUUUUUUUUUCUCUUUUGCUGUGACAUCACCUGGGAAA